AUGCAAUCCCUAAUACCACUAUCUUUAAUCCUCACCAUCUUCGAUGUCGUGGCAUAUGCGGUGAAACUACCACUACAUGUACGGACAACGAGGCAACCAAGAUCUGUCGGCCGUCGAGCGAAUACAACGAUACCCGUGUCGAAUUACGGAAAUGCAGAAUAUUAUUCUAAUAUAACGAUUGCCGGUCAAGAAGUUUCUGUAUUACUGGACACUGGAAGUUCCGACCUUUGGGUUAAUUUUCCCGAUACAACACCUACAACGACAGACACGGGAAAGUCUUUGACGCUUUCGUAUGCUAUAGGAUCAGCUUCAGGCGAUAUCCAUACUGCAUCUGUAGAAUUUUAUGGCUAUUCUAUCACUUCUCAGGCAUUCCUGCUUGUCACCGACACAAGCUCAUUCUCCACCGACAUCCACAGCCAAGGGUACGAUGGUCUCAUGGGCCUCGGUCCCAACGAAGGCAGCCGAGUUCUUGAUAAACUCAACAGUGAUUCCGGCGACUCAGUAUUGACCAACAUCUUCUCUCAAGUGUCUAAUUCCUCCAAAUUCAUUUCCUUCCUCCUUGAUCGUAGUGGCGAUCCCGGGAGCAGCAUCACUGGCCAAUUGACAAUAUCUGAGUAUGUCGAAGGCUACGAAAACAUUACCAGUAUGCCGGAGAUUGAUGUCGAGGAUGUUCACAAGCUCCUUGAGUCUGAACAACAUUGGCAAGCGUUAACGGACAAGAACAACGGCGUCAUCGGUCCUGAUGGCGAAGUCAUACAAACCGAUUCUAUUGUACCAAAAGCCCCCGAUGGCCAGCUAGUAGCCGUCUUCGAUUCCGGCUUUACGUUCACACAAGUGCCCCGCGCCAUGUCUGAUGCUAUCUAUGGUAGAGUUCAGGGUGCCUCAUAUGAUUCUGACAAUGAGUGGUGGACAAUACCUUGCGGCCAACUGUUAAAUGUUUCGUUCAACUUCGGAGGCCAAAACUACCCUGUUCACCCACUAGAUACAGUCGAUGACAACUUUGACAUCAAGAAUGCCAACGGCAGCAGGGUCUGCAUUGGUGCUUUCCAACCCAUCACCACCGCCUUUAGUAUUCUCGGAAACUAUGAUAUGAUCAUGGGUAUGAACUUUCUGAGAAAUACAUACACGCUUAUGAAUUAUGGAAACUGGGUCGAUGACAACGCAAAUGAUCCGUAUCUUCAACUUCUCUCCAUCACAAAUGUAGAGGAUGCUCAUACAGACUUUGUCAAUGUCCGGUUAGGAGGUAGCGACACCACAAGCGAUACCAAAUGGGACCUGGUCUCCACCGCUGACAUGCAGCAUUCGCCUGUCUCAGCCGAGGAGAAGAAGAAGUUAUAUGAGGAGAUGAUCCUCAGUCGGUGGCCAUAUAUCCUGGCCGGUUGCCUUGCCUUCAUCCUUAUUAUCAUCGGUUUGAUCAUCUGGAGAUGCUGUUGUCGUCGCAAGGGUGUCAAAACAGCCAACACGGCUAAGAAAGGGCUCUGGUUCAGGAAGAACAAGGCGGCAUCGACGUCCUAUCUUCCAUUGCAGGACCAAGGGAUGAGGGAUUCGAGUACUGUCGAUGUCUCCGUUCCGUAUGACCCACACACUGGACACUUCGGGAACGCAGGGUACAAGGCAUUGUGA